GCCAAAGUGCUGCAGGAAACAAACUGCACUUUCAAUUAAUAGGGUUUAAGUAUCAUUUUGUGUUCUGCUACAGUCCUUAAUGCUUCUCAUCAAAAUCAGCCUAUGAAAGCAUCAGAGGGCAGUGGUGACACUGCACCCUUUGUUGCCAAUGUUACAGCUCUGUAAGAUCACGGACUCUUUGCUAAUCAGUAAUUCUAGAGCAGCUUGCAACAAAGAACUCCUCACUCAAGAGGGAGUUACAUUCUGUAUUAAUGUCUCCAGGCAGCAGCCAUUCCCAGGUCUUCACCACGUCCGAAGCCUGCGCGUUCCUGUUUUUGAUGAUCCUUUGGAGGACUUGUAUAAGUAUUUUGAACAGUGCAACAAUGCCAUAGAGGACACAGAACAAAGUGGUGGAAAAUGCUUAGUUUACUGUAAAAAUGGCCGCAGUAGAUCUGCAGCGAUCUGCACUGCCUAUCUGAUGAAACACCAAAAUCUCACUCUCAAGGAUGCCUUUGAGACUGUGAAGACUGCCAGACCAGGAGUAGAGCCCAAUGCAGGAUUCUGGACUCAGCUGCAGAGAUAUGAAGAACAUUUACAGACGCAGCAUCAGUUGGGUCAUUCUUCUGAAAAAAUGAUUUCUUCCAAAUAAAUAUAAUUCUGAUUAAAAUU